UUCACGCCAAGUGGACGUCCUAGACACCGACACCUCGAGACUAUCCGAGUAAGCAUCUACAGACUUUGCCGGCAGCGAUACGAUCGUAAGGUCAGACGGAAAUUUCUAGAGGGUAGGUGAAUGCGGCGCGCAUUGUCACAUGCAAGUUCCGACUUUGUCGGCUUCGCCGCCCUCUCUGGCCUUAUGCCAGGCAUUCACCACUGGAGGACGAGCUACAGGUCAACUGGCGUAAGAAUGGAGAACGUCAAUGGCAAGCACGAGAUCUCGCAGCUUCAAGCGCAGCAAUACAUCUUCCUGGAAACCACCUCGAGAUCUGCGCCGCGUACUGUCCGAGCAAAAAUCGAGGCAGCAGGCUGCGUCAAAUGCUGGGACAUUAGAGACGACAGCCUCUUGCACCUGUUCUAGCAACCAGCUUCGGUGCUUCGACCAGCUCCUGAGCCUAUACCCAAGACAACGAGUCGUUUCUCGCGAGAAGCCGGGCGGCAAUCGAUAUGCGGUGUGGGAG